GCCACCUGCCCUCCCGUUUGUGAAACGUAUUAAGAAGUGGCCAAUUGUGGUGGAAGGCACAGUCAAAACAAUUCAUUAUAAAAAAUAAACCCCAACAAAAAAAAGAUUGUUGUGCAACUGUUUGCGGGCAUGACGUUUGAUUGAUUCAGAAGCAUGGCUUUAAAUACCAGUGCGAAUCUGUUGAAAUCACUUCGUCAUCCUCUAAAAUUAUCCGUAUCCUCUUACCACCCCAAGGUGAUCGAUCAUUAUGAAAAUCCAAGAAAUGUAGGCUCUCUGGACAAAAACGAUAAGAAUGUUGGUACUGGACUGGUUGGUGCUCCAGCCUGUGGUGACGUCAUGAAGCUACAAAUCAAAGUGGAUGAGAAUGGAAAGAUCAUCGACGCUAGAUUUAAAACCUUUGGUUGCGGCUCGGCUAUAGCAAGUAGCUCGUAUACGACAGAAUGGGUAAAAGGAAAAACAGUAGACGAGGCUUUGAAAUUAAAAAAUACUGAGAUUGCUAAAGAGUUGUCUCUACCACCAGUAAAACUGCAUUGUUCAAUGUUAGCCGAAGAUGCCAUUAAAGCUGCUUUGUCAGACUACAAGAUUAAACAAAACCCAAAUAAGGAAUAGUUUCGAAUAAGUACUGAAAGGAUGUGAUAAUUAUGAACUAGUUGGAUUAAAAUAUUGUAGUUGUCAUUAAUGUCAAUAUAAGUGGCUUGAAAAAUUA